CACCUCCCCCUCCGCCCCUCACCAACCCGCUGCUCUCAGCUCCCCAGUCAGCCUCCCGGACCUGCCCGCCGCCGCCCGCACGCAGGACCAGCCCGCCGGCUCCGGAGUGCGCCCCGCUCGGCCCCGCGCCCUCGGGGCUCGCCGGGACCCCCCUUCCUCCCGGCUCCCGCCCCGCCCGCCGGCUCCAGCCCCGCGCCCGAGCGAGCGCGCCGGCCGAGGAUGUGAGUCCGGCUCUGCUCCGCCCGAGCAGCAGCCCCUCGCGCGCCCAUCGGAGCGCAGCGCAGCGGCGGGCGCUCGCCGGGUCGCUCCGGCGGGCCACGCGCUCCUGCCCUAGCGGCGCCCCCCUGCCUCCCGCCGGCGCCGCCGCCGCAGCCCGCGGGCCGUCCCCGGCCGGCCGCCCCCGGCCCCAGCGCCGCUGACCCUGUCCGCCGCGGGCGGGGACGCGGGCGGAGGAGGCGCCGCCGCCGCCGCAGAGCCCCCGGACGCAGCCAUGUCGGAGGUGCUGCCCUACGGCGACGAGAAGCUGAGCCGCCUGCAGGACACCAACAACUUCUUCGCCGCCGGGCAGAACAAGCGGCCGCCCAAGCUGGGCCAGAUCGGCCGGAGCAAGCGGGUUGUUAUUGAAGAUGAUAGGAUUGAUGACGUGCUGAAAACUAUGACAGACAAGGCACCUCCUGGUAUUUAACUCCCCCAAAGACAAUGGGUUAAGGGUGAGGAUAAGAAUAAGAACGGCGCUAACAGUUAUUGGCAAAAAGCGUGUGAAGAGAGGAAGCACUUUGAAAUUUAUUACUAGCUUGCUACCUGCGAUGGAAUCAACAGCCUGUAUGUCGAGUCAGGCCGGGAGACAGAUGAUGAGGCGGGAGAAGGAGGAGGAGGAGGAGGAGGAGAAGGCUCUGGGCUCCUCUGCAAAAAAUAAAAUUAAAAAAAUAAAUAACAAAAUCACUAUAUACACACACACAUAUAAAGAAAUAAAGUCUCAGUUGCAGCUAUUUGUCAAAAUUAAUAUCCAUUUCUUUUUAUAUACAGUGAAUGUUGCGCAAUUAUAGAUCCGGAUUUUGAACCACUUUAAUAGUGAAGCGGCAGCGCCGGGUGUUUGAGGUGGUGGCAAUCUUCGCUGAUUUGGCUGUUCCCAAUGUUUACAUUAUUUAGUCUUGCAAAAAUUAUUCUGUGCACUUGGAUGUGAAAUGCUGUUCAGUUUUAUUUUUUUAUGUUGUUAUCCUUGGAUGUACAAAAAAAAAUACCGGAAAAUGAUCUGUAUAGAUAUUGUUUUAUUUUGGUCCUCUUUCAAAGUUAAUCAAGAAUGUGUUGAAGAUAAGAGAACUUUUCUAAGAAAUGAUGGCUACCUAGAAAGAAUCCCUGUUUUAUUUUAAAAUGAAUUGUAAAGCUGUGUUUCUUUCUUGCUGCAAGCUAUUUGCCCAAGUUAAUGCAAAUGGAUACAUUUUUCUAUGUCAGGAAAGAAAAACCAUAAAAAAACAAAAAACAAAAACAAAGAAAAAAAAUGCUUGAGCUUUUUCUAAUCUCUCUCUGCAGUCUGUUGGGUGAGCAGCCUGUUUUUUUCUCUGAUAUUGUGUCAGUUUAUUUUCUUUAAUGGACUGUAAAAAACAAAAUGUAAUCACAAGAGUGCCAAAUAUCUUGAAAUGCCAAACGGCAUUUUGGUUUCUUUUCUUUUUCUUUGUGCUCUGAGUCCACGUAAAGGAAUGCUUAGAGUGUCUUUUCUGUUAUUUAUAGGGGUUCUCUUAAGGCACACCAGCUGCCUGUUUUGCAUGGUAUUUGCAAAAAUGCCUCUUGCGUGAGGAAAUCUUUUACCAUCUUUUUGUUUGCAACUUUGGACCUCAAGAGGUUUCUUCCCUUCCCUUCCCUGGUCCUCUUUUCUUAAUUCGAUAUUCUGUAUGUUGCACCUUGAACCAGCACACAGGGCUAUUUCUCCGAUGUACAAUAAAAGAACUGUUCCUGUGUCUCA